GGGUCGGUUUGUUUUCCCCUCGCAGAGAUCACAGGGGGCGGAGCCUACGUCUAUCAGCUCCGGUGAACAGCUUAAUUCCCUACGUUUCCCAAACUGUGUCUGUACUACAACAGCGUAACCCGACGAUGUGUAAAGUUGGAAGCAUAGCGCAUGUCGUGCGCUUUAAGUGCCCUGACUGCAAUGGUGUACACUUUUUGGGGGGAGGGGUGUGAAAGGGGGAGGGGGCUCAUUGGAAAACAAGGAUGUGAAUUCAUAACGGCCUAGCGGUGGGGGGUUUAGAAACCAGGAAGAUGAACAAUGUGCAAAAUGCAUAAAGUCUAAACCUCCAUUCUAGCAGUGCAAGCGAGCUGCUGAGACAGGUGGAGUGUGCUCGGUCUGUCUGUCGCUGUCAAGAAGCGAAUCCAUUCAUUUUUUUCGACGGGCGAUAAAACAAAACAAGGACGGAUACCCCCUCCCCUCCAAAUAAAGGGUAAAGUUCACAGGAAGCUGGGGGGCUGCCAUUUUUUGCCUGCUAACAUGUUAGAUGCUAAAGCGGAGAGGGGUGCUCGCCGUUAAAAAAGAGCUUUUUGUUUGCUUUUUUCUUUACCUCGGGCGCCGGGUUUCUCUUUGCGUUUUGUCCUAUGCAUUUAGUCGUCUCUGUUUGAACGCGGGCGGCAUGGAGAGGACCGAGCAGCCGUGGAAUUCCUCCUACACGUACCAGGUGAGCAAGCACAGCGCCGAGAUGCUCCACAACCUCAACAGCCAGAGAAAAGAUGGAGGCAGGUUCUGCGACGUGAUCCUGCGCGUCGGCGAGGAGAGCUUCCCCGCGCACAAGGCCGUGCUGGCGGCGUGCAGCGAGUACUUCGAGUCGGUGUUUAGCUGUCCGGCGGAGGGCGACGGCGAGGGCAAGGAGCUGGAGAUGCACACUAUAAGCCCCAAAGUUUUCCGCGACAUCCUGGACUUCGCGUACACCUCGCGGAUCGUGGUGCGCCUCGAGUGUUUCCCGGAGCUCAUGACGGCCGCCAAGUUCCUGCUCAUGCGCUCCGUCAUCGAGAUCUGCCAGGAGGUGAUCAAGCAGUCCAACGUGCAGAUCCUUGUCCCUCCUUCGCGGGGAGGAGGAGGGGAGCACAGCUUUCCCCGCGCCGCCGCCAGCGACCUGUCAAGCCCACCGCAUUUGGACGUCGCCAACGGCGCCGUGUUCACUGAUCAUGGGCCGCCGCAGUGUGCUGUUGACCGGGACGGUGGUGGUGGUGGUCCGGCGCCGACUAGUGACGGAUCCCUCGCGUCCAUGCCGACUAACAGGCUGUCCCCGUCUCACCUCACAGGAAACUCCGUAAACGGCGAGGGUUCUCCGGGCUCCAAACGAGGCAGGGGAAGACCGAAGAAAGAAGGUGCAGCGGGGGGAGCCGUGGUCUCUUCCUACAACAGCAGCAGCCAGCACGGUCCUGCUAACGACAGCGAAGGCCUGUUAGCAUGCGCCGUCUGCGGGAAGAUGUUUACAGACGCCGCGCAGCUGAGGAGUCAUGAGGCGGAGCAUGGAGCUUUCGGUGGCGGCAGGGGAAGAGAGCUGAUCCCUGCGGACAUAGCCCAGGCGGUGGUGAUCCCGCAGGUCCAGGGCCAGGCGGGGCCGCACGAAAACGGGCUGCCGCCACAUAGCGCCGCCGACGGCCACCGCAAGCGAGAGAGGACGCGGAGGCAUGUGGGCUGCGAGCUCUGCGGGAAAGUCUUCAGAGACGUGUACCAUCUGAACCGGCACAAGCUGUCGCACUCUGGAGAAAAGCCUUACGCCUGCCCCGUGUGUGGCCUGCGCUUCAAGCGAAAGGACAGGAUGUCUUACCACGUCCGCUCUCACGACGGCUCGGUGGGCAAACCGUACGUGUGUCAGAGCUGCGGGAAAGGCUUCUCGAGGCCAGAUCAUCUAAAUGGACAUAUAAAACAGGUACACACCACAGAAAGACCUCAUAAAUGUCAGAUUUGUAAUGCAUCAUUUGCAACACGGGAUCGUCUGAGGUCACACCUGGCCUGCCAUGAGGAUAAAAUACCAUGCCAAGUGUGUGGAAAGUUCUUACGGGCUGCCUAUAUGACGGACCAUCUGAAAAAACACAGCGAAGGACCUCACAACUACUGCAGCAUAUGCAAUAAAGGUUUUUCCACUGCGUCCUACCUUAAGGUACAUGUAAAAACGCACCACGGCUCGUCCAUGCUCCCUCCCUCCACAGCUCACCAGUUCCUCGAGCCGCGUGCCAACGGGCCGCAGACACACAACGGCGCCCCCUACCACUCAGGACGCCAGUGCGCAGUGGAAGACCUUUGUACCAGUCGCCGGCUCCUGGUUACCUUUCCUGAGACAGAGGGGUCAUUUCGGGGGCUUUCUGGGCCUCCGGUUCUCCCCCAGCCAGGCCCUCCUGCUCUUGGUUUGCAGCCUGAGCUGCUCCUGGGCAAGCCAGGGACGACUCCCUAUUUCUGGGAGUGCCGCUCUGCUGGAGCACCAGGCUUCCCGCUGCAUGGGCCUCUCGCAGACGGGCAGGAGAAUGCUGGGAAAUGCCCCCAUCAGGAUUCUGAUGGUUCGGACACUGCAUUCGGGGACCUUUCUAAUGGAACCGAACUGAAGCCCGAGCACAAGGCUGAAGGUGAGGAGCUAGAGGUCACCUCUCUGGUUUUCAAUGGGGAGGCCGACGGACCAGCGGCUGUGCCAUGCGGCUCCAAGCAAAAACCAGACCCAGAGAAAAAGUUUGCUUGCGGCGAAUGUGGUCAGACCUUCCGCACAAAGUCUUACCUCAACAAGCACCACCAGCGGGUGCAUAAGAAACAUAGUGGGACAGGAUCCAGCCUGGGCGAUCUGGGAUCACCCUUUUCCCCCCAGCAGAACAUGUCACUGCUCGAGUCUUUCGGCUUUCAGAUCGUCCAGUCGGCUUUUGCCUCCUCACUGGUGGACUCUGAAGUGGCGAGUAGUGCUAUGGGCUUAGGAGACAAGUGACUGCCUAGUGAGGGAAGUAAGUUUGUUCCUACUGGACAGCCACAGUUUUCAGAGUAACUGCAAUUCUACCUUUUAUCAUCAAUGUCAUUGUAGACUACUCCGUCUUUUAUGUUGCUUACUGUCAACGUGUUUUUGUCAGUUUGCCAAGAUGUAUUC